UCUCCCUCGCAGAUUGAACCUGCGAAUUAAAACGAUUCACAUUGAACACGUGGUAAACAGAAGCUGAAGUUGGUUCAUAUAAGCUAAUGUUAGCUAACGCUCACGCGCUGUCUCUUUAAGAACACGCAGUUUGCGUAAUGUUGGGGAGGAGCCACCUCCGGCGCGGGAGAUCCCUUCAUUCAAACCGCCAAGAAAGAUCAGUUUGAAACUGAGCAGGGAUCAGCUGCAGCUCCGCGCUGGUUAACAUUCACAGUGUGUUGAAUCUGCUCCGUGUGAGGUCUGACUGUGAACAACAUGCCCACUCUAGAGGGAAGAGACGCGUGUGAGGUUUCUCCAUCAAAGAGGACGAGGACAGAGACGAAGCCUGCAGGAGACAGAUCCGUCCUCAGGUUUGCGAAACUGUCCGAGCAUGCGACGACCCCCACCAGAGGUUCCACCAAAGCUGCAGGAUACGAUCUCUACAGCGCGUACGAUUACACCAUCGGUGCCAUGGACAAGGCCAUCGUGAAGACAGACAUCCAGAUCGCUGUUCCACACGGCUGCUAUGGGAGAGUGGCACCGAGAUCUGGUCUGGCAGCGAAGCACUUCAUCGAUGUUGGUGCUGGAGUCGUGGAUGAAGACUACAGAGGAAAUGUUGGAGUUGUGCUCUUCAACUUCAGCAAGGACAAGUUUGAGGUGAAAAAGGGCGACCGAGUAGCUCAGCUGGUGUGUGAGAGGAUCUGUUACCCAGAUCUGAUCGAGCAGGAGGCGCUCGAUGAGACGGAGCGUGGGGUUGGAGGCUUCGGAUCAACUGGACGCAACUGACACACUGUGAUGCAAAUAUACAUAUGUCUAAAAUAUACAAACAAGGUGUCAAUAAAGUUCUGUUUUUCUACGUU